AUGAAUAUGGCCACAUCUGCAUUGGGUCCGAUUUGGACGGCCUUUACUUAUCUAAAGGAUUAUGACAAGAACGUCAAGGCUUUCGAGCAAGAAGUUCAAAACCUGAAUGAGGAUAUAGUUUCUCUGGAACAGCGGGUUGACGAGGACCAACAGAACGGAAAAGUUAUCCUACCAAAUGUGACGUGGUGGCUUCAACGAUUGGCACAAAUCUAUGCAUCUCACACUCCCCACAAGUCUACUUUUUCAAACUGGCUUAGUGAACGAAUAAAGGAAUCUGAAGUUCUAAAUUUGAAAUCUGAUGGUUCAAAGAGUGUAGUGGAUGAGUUGAACUUGAACGGUUUUCUACACUUGAAGGAACUGAGGAUUCAAAAGUGUGGUAAGAUGGAGUAUCUUACUAAUGCAGUGCAUGGGCGGCCCCCGGCUAAUAUUGUUAUUUUUCCAAUCUUGAGUACACUUGAUCUCAGCGAUCUGGCUAAUUUAAUUGGGGUUUGUGGAGACCAACUUCCUGCAACAGGGUCCUUCAGGGAGCUAAAAGAGUUGCGGCUAAGCCGGUUACAUUCACUAACACAGUUAUGGAAGUGUCCGACUCAAAAUGUUUGCCUUGGCAAUCUUAGAUUGGUUUUAUUACAUGAAUGUGGGAGCUUGGGAAGUCUUUUAUCACUCUCAAUUGCUAGCGGUAUGGCUCAACUCGAAGAACUCCACAUAAGCAAUUGUGGCAAGCUGGUAGAAGUCUUUUCAGAUGAAAGUGCAGAUGGAAAUGUAACUAGCAAGAUCAAAUUCCCCAAACUAAAAACAAUAGAGCUAGAAAAUCUACAGAGUCUCAUUCAUUUUUGUGGAAGGAUUGAUGGCAUUGAGUUUCCUCGAUUGAAUGGGUUGAAAGUUUGUGGGAUGGUGAUGGUGGAGAGUGGUGGAUUUGGGUUGAAGCAUCAAGACUUUCUUGUGCUCCAUCAGAGGCUACCCAGUAGCCUACUCUACUGCCAGCUCCAUCUGCAGCCCACUCUAGCAGUCACCCUAUUCACAGAUAAACUGUGGACAGCUGAAGACGGUGGGCAGUUAAAGCUUUGA